AUGCAGCGCCCCUCGUCGCGCGCACGCACUCGUUCAACCUCCUCACUCGAAGGCGCCUACCACCCGCCCACCGACACCGCGCCCGACGCCUUCGACUACUGCAAUGCCUUUUGGGUUGAUCCGCACAAAAGUCGGGAAGGCGGGAGACGCGCAGAGGGCGAUGCGGAGGAGAAGGAUUGGGGCAAGGAGGGGUACGAGACGGUGAUGGGACGGGUCAAGGCCAGUGCCAAGGUGUGCGACGACCUGAGGGCGUUGCUCAAGGAGAGAGCGUCCGCAGCUGAAGACUACGCCAAGCGGCUGAACAAGCUGUCGCGGCAUUCGUUCGGUGUUGGCGAGACUGGACACAUGGAGCGGGCGAUGCUGCAGGUCAAGUCGGAACUCGAGGCGUCGGCCAAGUCGCACACGGAUCUUGCGACCCUCAUGCGGCACCAGGAGGCGACGGUUGCGGACUUUGUGCAGAAGCGCGAGGCGGCGAGGAAGUCGCAACAAACGAACCUCGAGAAGCUGUGGAAGAAUCUGCUGAACACGCGGCAGCAUGUGCUGAAGGCCAAGGCGAAGUACCAGGACGAUGCCAUCCAGAUUAAUGCGCUGCACGCUCAAGCGUCCUUGCUGCAAGGGCGCGACCUGGACAAGGCGAGCGCGAGCGCGACGCUCAAGCUCGACAAGGCGCAGCAGACCGUCGUCGUCAACGAGCGAGACUACCGCAACUACGUCAACGUGUUGAAGGAGACGACUGUCAACUGGAACAUGGCUUGGAAGUCGUUCUGCGACCUUGUGCAAGACCAGGAGGAGGAGCGGCUCGAGUUUCUCAAGUCGCGCAUGUGGGACUAUGCGAAUGGUCUUUCGACGCUCGCGAUGGCGGAAGAUGAGUCCGCGGAACGCACACGAACGGCUCUCGAGCAGUGUGACCCGAAGAUCGACAUCCGAAUCUUCGUCCAGCAGUUUGGCACCGGCAACGCGAUCCCCGACCCGAUUCCGUUCGUCGACGUCUCGGCCAAGACCGCGCCGCCGAAGCAGUCUUACCGCAGCGCCGCCUUCACUCGCUCGUCCACCCGCAUCCCCGGCGUGACCCACUCUCCUUCCGCGAUCGACGACAUCGCACGAGCGAUGCAUCACCCUCCGCCGUCCCAGCAGCAGCGCCAACAGCCGCAGACUUCGUCGCAGAUGCCUCGCUCGUCCACCCAGCCCGAACUCGAGUCGCAGUCGCGUCCGGCCUCUCGAGCGGCGAACCGCAUGUCGCAGCCGAACCUCUCCACGCAGCAGACUCCAGCCCCUGCAACAGCUCAGCACCUCGCAUCGCCUGCUCGACCAGGUCAGCCGCCGCAGGUCGCCGGAGCCAGUCCGUCUCGCUUCGCCGUCUCCCCUUCCGCCAAUCUUCACCAACGACCUUCGUCUGAGCACGUGCCUAUCGCCUCACCACCGACGUCGAAACCCGGCCACAUCCCGGCAUCCGCGUUCCAAGGGCGACAGUCCGCCGUCUCUCCUUCUCUCGGCGCGAGCGUCAACGGCGCUUCUCCAGCCACGGUCGAUGCAGGAAGCUCUCCUGCACCUGCGCGCUACGAAGCGUCGGCACCGGCAGCGAAGAAGGCGGCCGGCGCUCCAUCGGCCGAGGACGACGAGAACGACCCGCUGCUGCAGGCGCUGAAGCAGCUGCAGACUACGCCCGUUCAGGCUCCUGCUCGGUCGCAGCGAUCUUCAGUCGACCUGCGGGGAUCCGCUGCAUCGCCUUCGCAGCGUCCGCCGUCGCGAGGUCACCUCAACCAGCCGAGCUUCGGAUCCGCCGCAGGUCUCUCGAACGGCAUGAUGCAGCCUCCGCCCGAUCAAUCGCAACAGCACCGACCCCGCAGCCCUUCAAUUCCCUACGUCCAGUCGAAUCCGCCACGGCCUUCCUCGCGAGCCGGCUCGAACGUCUCGUCGGCUGCGGGCGCGAACCCGAACCGCCAGUCGACUGGUCCGCACCUGGCUUCGCCUGCACCGGCCGGCCAGUUUGCCGCUCGUCCAGCUUCUCCUGCGCAAGGUCAGCGGUACUCGGCGCGACCGACUUCGCCGCAGCCGCACAUCCCCGACUCGCUUCGACCGCGUUCUCCCGCCAUGGGCAACCCGCCAAGCGUCGCUUCUCCCGUUGCCUCGGUGCAGUCUCCUGCACGACCGCUAAGCGCGUUCGGCACGCCGCUGUCGCAAGGCGGUUACGCCUCGCCUCAGCAAGCUCCGCCACCUCAACAGCACUUUGCGGCGCCUCCGCCUCAGCAACCUGCUGCAUACGCUCAGCCGCCUCAGCAAGGCGCAUACGGCGGGUACCGCGCACCGUCACCUGCCCCUCGACCACCUUCCGUCGUCUCGCCAGCGACCGGAUACGCUCCGCACCCGCAGCAACAGCCGCACAUGGCCCAAGCGCCUUCUCAGCAGUUCCAGCAGUAUGCUCAGGCUCCACCGCCUCAGCCGGCCUACGCUCCUCCACCUCAGCAGGUCGCCAGUCCGCCAAACUCGUACGCCUACCCCGGUCAGCAGCAGUACGCGCCGCCUCCGCAGCAACAGCAGCAGCCCCUCCAGCACCAGCAGCAGUACGUUCGCCCGCCUUCGGUCGUCGGAGGCUACGCGUCGCCGGCAUCGGCAGCGCAACAAGCGGCUCUCGCUCGGACGCCGUCCACACACUCGGGUGUGUCGGGCGUCUCGAUCCAGCAGACUCCGCUUCAGGCGUAUCAGCAGCCGCCUGUUCAGCAACAGCAGCCUCAGCAGCAGCAGCACGCUCGCGGUGCGUCCGUCGCCUCGAUGCGAGCCGGUCAGACGCCACCUCUGCCUCCGACCGGCCAGUACACCGAGUCGGGUCAGCCUAUCCUGUUCUACGUCAACGCGCUCUUCGACUAUCAGGCAGCUUCGGCGGAGGAGUUCUCGUUCUCAACCGGCGAUGUGAUCGCUGUAACCGGCACAGACCCCGACGGUUGGUGGUCCGGAAACCGAGUUGGCGACCAAGGCCCGAGCAAGCUGUUCCCGUCCAACUUCACCGAGCUUCUUCCUUGA